AACUUUUUCCAGCCAGCUCCAAGCACUCUGUGCUCCGAAACAUUCACUUCUCUUUCCUUCUUCAACUUUUAAGCUUCGAUUUCAGCAGUCAUCCUACUAUCAAUGGCGUCUGUGGAGGAAAUUAGAAAUGCUCAGCGUGCCAAGGGUCCGGCCACCGUUCUAGCCAUUGGCACAGCUACCCCGGACAACUGUCUGUACCAGUCUGAUUUCGCUGAUUACUAUUUUCGGGUCACUAAGAGCGAGCACAUGACCGAGCUCAAGAAGAAGUUCAACCGCAUUUGUGAUAAAUCAAUGAUUAAGAAGCGUUAUAGUCAUUUGACCGAAGAAAUGCUUGAGGAGCACCCAAACAUUGGUGCUUAUAUGGCUCCAUCUCUUAACAUACGCCAAAAGAUUAUCACUGCUGAGGUACCCAAGCUGGGUAAGGAAGCAGCAUUGAAGGCUCUUAAAGAGUGGGGUCAGCCUAAAUCGAAGAUCACCCACCUUGUAUUUUGUACCACCUCGGGUGUAGAAAUGCCUGGUGCAGAUUAUAAACUCGCUAAUCUUUUAGGCCUCGAACCAUCUGUCAGAAGAGUGAUGUUGUACCAUCAAGGGUGCUAUGCAGGUGGAACUGUCCUUCGAACCGCUAAGGAUCUUGCAGAGAAUAAUGCAGGAGCACGAGUUCUUGUGGUGUGCUCUGAGAUCACAGUUGUUACAUUUCGCGGCCCUUCCGAAGAUGCUUUGGACUCUUUAGUUGGCCAAGCCCUUUUUGGUGAUGGGUCUGCAGCUGUAAUCGUAGGAUCAGAUCCGGAUAUCUCAAUUGAACGACCACUCUUCCAGCUUGUCUCAGCAGCCCAAACAUUUAUUCCUAAUUCUGCAGGUGCCAUUGCAGGAAACUUACGUGAGGUUGGACUCACCUUUCAUUUGUGGCCCAAUGUGCCCACUUUAAUUUCUGAGAACAUAGAGAAAUGUUUGACUCAGGCUUUUGACCCACUUGGUAUUAGCGAUUGGAACUCGUUAUUUUGGAUUGCUCACCCAGGUGGCCCUGCAAUUCUUGAUGCAGUUGAAGCAAAACUCAAUUUAGAUAAAAAGAAACUCGAAGCAACGAGGCAUGUGCUAAGUGAGUAUGGAAACAUGUCAAGUGCAUGUGUGUUGUUUAUUUUGGAUGAGAUGAGAAAGAAAUCCCUUAAGGGGGAGAGGGCCACCACGGGUGAAGGAUUGGAUUGGGGAGUAUUAUUCGGUUUUGGACCAGGCUUGACUAUUGAAACUGUUGUGUUGCAUAGCAUUCCUAUGGUUACAAAUUAAGUGAAGGAAAAGAGAAUGGUCCCUUCAAUGUCCUAUUAUGUUGAAUAGGAGUAAGGUAUUUAUCGACGAAACUAAAUUAUACUCUUAUACUAUUUUAUUAUUUUUUCUAAAUUUAGAUUGUAAUCUAGUGAUUGUUAGACCCUCUUGGUGAGCUCAAAUUAAACGGUUGAGUUUCAAGUUCAGACCCAAACAUUGUAAUGUUGUGUUCAUAUGAACAUUGUUGAAAAGUAAAUAAAAGAAAUAUUGGAUUUGAUA